AUGGACUACGUUUUCAUCAACGUCAAGAAGCCAAGGGACGCCCUCGAGCGCGCGAAAGAACGCGAAUUCCGUUCGCAUGUGACACGCCAGCAAUGGAAGCGAUCUGGUCCCCGAAAGAAAGCCAUAUUAGCUACAGAAGAAAACGGCACUCGAGAUCAGGUUGACCCCGGUUCUUCUUCCGACCACUACACAAUCUGCAUAUCACCUACAAUAGGUGGACUCCGUGUGGACCCUUUCCAAUCGUAUCCUAUCCCAAGUCGACCUUGGACCGCGAAGCUUGUCGAUCACUACUUGGUACACAUGGCCGUUGAUAUUCCAGAACUUGACCAGCCUGGGAACCAUGGUCUCUUGAGAACCAGUUGGUUUCCAUUAGUGAUGACCGAGCCAGCUUUGUUUUGGGUUGUGAUGCUUCUUGCUGCAUCGCAUUAUGCCUCUCUCCAGGCACAUCCUGGGAGCUUAAGAAUAGACCUCCUCGAUCUCCGGUGUCAAGCUAUAUCUUCCAUCAACCAGCGUUUGGAAGACCCGCGACCCGAGGAUAUAGACGAUGCUUUGAUAGGGGCUAUAGCAAAAAUGGCAAGCUAUGAAGCCAUGUUCGGCAGUUUUGAAAACUACAAUGUUCACAUGCAAGGUCUUGUGCGAGCCAUCAGUUUACGAGGCGGGUUCGCAACAUUAGGCCUAGACGGCUUGCUGUAUCGAAUCGUGGUUUGGGUUGACCGCAACGCGGCAUUUUUGCAUGGAUCUGGAACCUACUACUUUCCGGGGGCUACCUUCGUACCGGAUGGAAGUUUACCGGACCCGAAUCCUGGCCAUUUCCUCGGAAGCUCAUGA